AAAUCUAUUCUAGGCUUUCCUUUGAAGUCAGUGGACCUUUUUCUUGGAAGUUUGGGCCCCAACAACUCGUCCUUCAGACCCAUUCAGAUAGGGAAAACACAAAUUUCCACCUGUAAAAGGGCACUUACUGUUCAAGCUGGAUACGGUAAUGGAGGAAGGCCAGGACAUGCAAGUACCUUUAUUGGUGGCUUUGUUUUGGGAGGACUAGUUGUUGGCACACUCGGUUGUGUAUUUGCACCUCAGAUCAGUAAGGCACUGGCUGGAGCUGAUAAAAAUGACUUAAUGAAGAAAUUGCCUAAAUUUAUAUUUGAUGAAGAAAAAGCUUUGGAGAAAACACGCAAGGUACUGGAAGAGAAGAUAGCACAGCUGAGCACUACUAUAGAUAAUGUUUCUGCUUCGCUCCGAUCAGAAGAUGCCCCAAAUGGAGCGGCUGUGGAUGCAGAUGAACUAGAAGCGGCCAUAUAAGAAUGCUCAUGUUUACUUUUUUGGUAUCACUAGCUUCCACCUCUAUUAAUUGUCAGAUUAAGAAAUAGUACUUUAAUUUGUUGUGUUUUUUCCUUCCUUCUUGACAGUUAAUGUAGUGGUUUCUUUUUAUGUGGCGGUUCUGUGCACGACUAAACAAAACAUUGCUCAACAUCUGGGCUGAUUUAUGUAUUAGCUGAUAUUCCAUCUUGGUGUUUGAGAUUUGUUUCUCCUGGCCAAGUAUUUGCAGCUGAAAGAGACAUUGAACAUUAUUAUUGUCAAUUGGUCCAUACAUUUUCCA